AAUGUAUUUUUGUCACAAAAAGUUUAAAUAGCCAUCUAACUUUAAAACACUAUGACACAAAAAGUCAUUAACUGUCAGUCACGGUUCAAUCCAUUUUGACCUAACGGAAACAUCAAAACUAAUCAAAAAUCCGGACCUGUCGCUUAACCGUUACUUAAUACUGUGCAAAUAACCGUGUCUUAAAUAUACAAUUGCAAUGCACUGAUCUCAACAAUUUUCCACAUUAGGAAGUUUUUAUUCUCAGAAAUUUAUAGGUGAGUACAGACUGACAAAAAAAAUUUAAAACACAAAUAGAUUCCAGCCUAAUUUUUAACUGUUACCGUUCUUAUGUUAACAGCCAUAAGGUCCACGAUUAUCGAAGAUGAUUUGACAGGUGAAAUUGUUAUUUGGUUUCGUAACGGCGCAAUGAAAUGAUGUGAUUGCUCCGCGAACGUCGAUCCUUUUACAGUUCAAAGUUGACCGAAAACAAUAGCGUUAUACCAAUUUAAACUACUGUUUAAAAUUACUAUACAAACGCUAUCUUAAAAACCAAUACUGAGAGCUUAAAGUUCAGCGAAGAGUGGAUAACAAAAGUAAAUAUAAGUUUGUGUAACUCAAAUCACAUCGUUAUAUUUACAGUCAGAAAAUUUCGCGGGCAACCGUAUUACGUCCGUGCUAAGUUCACAAUUGAAUAGAGAAUGCUUUUAAGAAAUGUUUAUUUUAUUUUGUUGAAUAGUUCGUGCAAUGCAUGUGAAAUAUUGAGAGUCAGAAGUGUGCCAGUCGACGAACUGUGGUCACAGCGCGGUCAUAAGGAACCACCAUUGAAUGCCAACGCUGUCAUUAUGGCUAAUCGGAACGCCGAGAACAAAUGGGACUGUUGUAUAGCGGACCACGCCUUAAGGGUCAACGUUGACCCCGCGCUGCGUCCACAUGGCUCAGGUAGCCCGCUCCAAAGCACUUCACUCUUUGUUUGGCGAGGACGUGACAUUCGCAUAUCAGAUGCCGAUGCGAGCUUAAUGAAGCCGGUACGCGCUCUUACAGCAAUUAGUUGCGUAAGAGAACCAUUGUCUCACAAAGCGGGCGUUUCCGACAGUCGCCACAGGUAUGCUGGGACCAGUAUGGACAUCGAUUAAUACAAUGGAAAAAAAAGUUAAUAAAAUGAUUGUUGUAUGUUGUGCUACUUAUUUAUAUUAGUGAAUUGAAUGUUCAUUGAUAGUAAACAAAUACGAGUAGAGUAAUAUAAGUUUUAUUGAGGAAGGACUGGAAGGAGUGAUAUAUUUUUUAUUAAGGAAUUUUGUGCUACAGAUAUAAAACCUAGGCGCCUGGUAAAUUCUUUUGAUGGGUGAUCUUUAUUCGGCUUAUACAUUGUUCACAUAUACAUGCACCCUGAAUAUAUCAUCAUAUUAAUUAAUUGCGAUGUCUUCACAUACGAGUAUUUCAAUUGUAUUGAUAUUCACAUUGAAAAAUCCGACAGAAAUCACAUGGAAAUAGAUGCGAGUUUCUCCAUUUCUUAACAUGUUCCUAUGAUAAUGGAAUUAAAAAUUUACCCAUAUUAGUUAAUUUUGGGGAAACUGUGUAAAACUUCAAUUUAAAGUGUAAACUACAAAAAAAUACUCUAGGAAUAAACUAUACACUCUUGGCAUACGAGUAUGUACAGUGCCUAAAUUCGUAGUUUUAGUCUUCCAAUACUGCACCGAGGUUUACUGUGACUAGUACUGCCGUUGUUACCGCGAACUAAGAUGUGCGUCGUUCCGCAAGAUAAUUACACUCCAAUUGACACUAGAUUUCGUUGUAAUUUCUUCAUUAGAACUUAAUUAAAAGUAUCAUACUGAAGCAUUGUUGUUAGCUUAAUUAUUUAGACAUUCACAAUACAAUGGGUGUUUGGUAAUAAAUUCACAAUUAUAGGUAGGUUUGCACAAGUUUGCGAUACCUUUAGAAACUAGAACACAGAGAAACAUAGAGUUUUCGAUUGAAAUGAAGUGUAGAUAUUCGCUUUGGAUAUCUUGCGAACAUUGGAUCUACAAGUAUA